AUGGGUAAGGCGCAAAAGAUGAGCCUACCGUUGAUACCACUUCCUCGGGACACCAUCCUGUUGCCAGGUUUGGUCCAGAGAAUCUCCGUCACCUCCAGCCGUCCCGAUGUUGCUGCGCUUCUCGCACAUGUCUACGAACGCGCAGCCUCUAAAGGCCCCGACGGUCGCAUCGACAGCGUCCCCAUCGCGUGCGUCCCCGUCAACUCGCCGUUUGUCGGUCCCAACGGCCAGCUCCUCAUCAGCAAUGGCGAGGAAGUCGAUCCCUCUGCCAUCGAAGACGUCAACCCUGGCUCGGCCAAGAAAGGCGACCUCUACCACUUUGGUGUCGCUGCCAAGAUUAUCGGCAUCGAUGGCCGAGGAGCCGGGGAAUUCGCCUUACGCGUCGAAGGAACGUCACGCAUUCGAAUUGAUGCCAUUACUCGGGAACGACCAUACUUUGAAGGCCAAGUGACAUACUUCAACGACGAUACCGAUAUUGCCGACAAGCAACUUCAAGACCUUUUUGCCUUGCUCAAGGCGCAAUCCCGCGAACUCAUCACAAUCUUACGAAUUUCUUCGAUGCUGCCACGCACCAAGGCUGGUCCCAGUCUAUCCCCCACCGUCACUAAACGCCUCGAGCUACUCAUUAUGCGAAGAGAGAUUAAAGAGGCCGGCUUGUUGGCUGAUUUCAUGGCCAACCUCGUCGAGGCCAGCCAUGAGGAGAAACUUGGGGUCUUGGCCGCGCUCGAUGUCAAAGUCAGAAUUACAAAGGUCAUUGAGCUCCUCGAACGCCAGGUUGGAGGCAUCAAGAAUAACUUCAAGAUCACGACAUUUACGUCUGUACCCGUCCAAAUCCUUGACCGUCUCGGCGAAAAUCCCGUUCGCAGGCCCAACUCUCCCCAGCAACUGCCGGGCAUGUCAUUCAUACCACCCCCAGGUGGUAAUAUGCCGGGCGGUAAUGACAACGAGGACCAAGAAGCCAGCGAGAUUGAUGAACUCAAGAAGAAGCUCCAAAGUGCCCAACUUCCAGCAGAAGUUGCUAAGGCAGUGGACAGAGAGCUCCGCCGCUUGCAGAAGAUGAUGCCCAUGAAUCAAGAGUAUCAGGUCACGCGCAACUGGCUCGAGACCCUGUCGGAGAUUCCCUGGGCCGCUGUCACGGAUGACAGACUCGGCCCCGACACAUUAACGCGUGCGCGAAAACAGCUCGACGAUGAUCACUAUGGGCUUGAAAAAGUUAAGAAGCGACUCAUCGAAUAUCUUGCGGUUCUUCGCCUCAAGCAAUCCAUCAACGACGAAGUCGAACAGAAGAUCCGCUCAGAACAAGCCCUGGUUCACCAAAACGACUUGAACUCCGAGCAAGAUCACCAGCACUCUGAUGCUGAGGCUGCCCAACUCCAGGCCAUCAAGGCACAGAAGAUGACGGACAAGUCUCCUAUCAUGCUGCUUAUUGGACCCCCCGGCGUCGGAAAAACCAGCCUGGCUAAAUCAGUUGCGACUGCCCUUGGCCGCAAGUUCCACCGCAUUUCUCUCGGCGGCGUCCGCGACGAGGCUGAGAUUCGUGGCCACAGACGUACCUAUGUCGCCGCUAUGCCCGGCCUCAUUGUCCAAGGCCUGCGCAAAGUUGGAGUUGCCAAUCCCGUGUUUCUUCUCGAUGAAAUCGACAAGAUUGGCAUGGCUAGUGUCCAUGGUGAUCCCUCAGCUGCCAUGCUCGAGGUUCUCGAUCCUGAGCAGAACAAUACCUUCCAGGAUCAUUACGUCGGAAUGCCCAUUGAUCUUUCCAAGAUCCUCUUUAUUGCGACUGCGAACAAUUUGGAUACUAUUCCUGCGCCUCUACUUGACCGCAUGGAAAUGAUUUAUCUGCCAGGCUACACAACCUUGGAGAAACGACACAUUGCGAUGCAACAUCUUGUUCCGAAGCAGAUACGGGCCAACGGCCUCUCGCAGGAUCAGGUAAUAUUUAAUGAGGAUGUUGUGUCCAAGGUUAUUGAAUCAUAUACCCGUGAAGCGGGAGUUCGCAACCUUGAGCGCGAACUUGGUUCAGUUUGUCGGUCAAAGGCUGUGCAGUAUGCGGAGGCUAAAGACGCUGGUCGACUUGAACACUAUAAGCGUGAGCUAUCGGUCGAAGAUUUGGAAGAUAUUCUGGGCAUUGAGAAGUACGAAGAAGAGAUUGCAGAGAAAACCAGCAGGCCUGGUAUUGUCACUGGCUUGGUUGCAUACAGCACUGGCGGCAACGGUAGCAUUCUCUUCAUUGAGAUUGCCGACAUGCCGGGCAGAGGAACUGUUCAACUGACUGGCAAGCUGGGCACUGUUCUGAAGGAGAGCGUUGAGGUGGCCCUCACCUGGGUCAAGGCUCAUGCCUUUGAGCUUGGCCUGACUCACGAGCCCUCUGCUGAUAUCAUGAAGAACCGCAGCAUUCACGUCCAUUGUCCCGCGGGCGCCAUUCCGAAAGACGGGCCUAGCAGCGGCAUUGGACAGGCUAUCGCGCUCAUUUCUUUGUUCUCCGGCAAGCCGGUACCUCCUACAAUGGCCAUGACGGGCGAGAUUUCGCUUCGCGGUCGCGUGACGGCUGUGGGUGGUAUCAAGGAGAAGCUCAUUGGUGCACUACGUGCCGGCGUUAAGACGGUCAUUCUCCCUGCGCAGAACAAGAAGGAAGCGAAGGAUCUUCCACAGGAAGUCAAAGAUGGCCUGGAAAUCAUCCACGUCAACCACGUCUGGGAGGCAAUUCGGGUCGUCUGGCCAUACUCGCACUGGGCCGGAGAUAACCACUUUGCUGGUAUCGAAAGCCGUCUGUGA